AUGGCGAGCGGCGGCCAUAUGCAUAAUUUCACCACCCUCAUCAAGCGGCUCGAGGCUGCCACCUCACGCUUGGAGGACAUGGCGAUGUCCCUGGACGAACCCAACGCCUCGAAGAGCAUGGAAACCCCCACUGCGGCUGCGUCCGCGACCCCCGAACCUCCUAGGCCCUCGCCUCCCCCUCCCGCGGCGCCCGCGCAAGCCCAGCUCCCUGAGCAGAUCCAAGACUUCGACGCAUUGAUCAAGAAGGAUGUCCAGAACUUCGUCAAGCUGGGUGAGAAGAUUGGGGGUGAAGUGGCAGAGCAGUCCAAAGCAGUUCUACAAGCCUUCCAGGCCGAGCGCACCUACCUUUACGUCUCCACGAAGGCGAAGAAGCCCGAACCUCAGCCUGCGGAGCUCAUGACCGACCUCCACAAGGCUUCGGAUACCAUCAACAACAUUCGCGAAUCCAGCCGCGCGUCGCCAUUCUUCAACCACCUGAGCGCUGUUGCGGAGGGUAUUGUGGCUCUGGGUUGGUUCUUUGAGAGCAAGCCUGCGGAGUUUGUCGCCGAGAUGAUCGGUGGUAUUGAGUACUACGGUAAUAAGGUGCUGAAGGAGUACAAGGACAAGGACCGCACACACAUUGAGUACAUUCAAGCAUACUACCAGAACUUCAAGGCCCUCGCGGCUUAUCUCAAGAAGCACUACCCUAAGGGCCUGACAUGGAACGAUGACUCUGGAAUUAAUGCGUUGGAGGCAUUGAAACAGAUCAAGGGUAGUCCUGCGCCUUCGCCUUCUGGCGUUGUCCCUCCUCCUCCUCCCCCUCCUGUUCCAACUGUUAAAGCUCCAGGCGGUGGUGCUCCCCCACCUCCCCCUCCCCCGGGUAUCCCCCCGGCGCCCGCCCCGGCUGCCCCGGCGGCAGAUAUGUCUGCUGUGUUUGACCAGCUCAACCAGGGCGAGGCGAUUACCUCUGGCCUACGCAAGGUAGACAAGUCGGAGAUGACACACAAGAACCCCAACUUGCGAGCCGGCUCGAUGGUGUCCGACCGCUCCAGCUCCUCCCGGGGUAAGUCUCCCGCUCCUAGCAAGAAGCCCAAGCCUGAGAGCAUGCGGGCCCGCAAGCCCCCGCGCAAGGAGCUGGAAGGCAACAAGUGGCUAGUCGAGAACUUCGAGGGAGCGAACGAGAUCAUCGAGGUUCCGGCGAAGCAGAGCCAGUCGAUUCUCAUCUCGCGCUGCAACAAGGCCGUCAUCAAGGUUCCCAGCAAGGCCAAUGCUAUCGCCAUUGACAAUUGCACUGGUCUUUCCAUUAUCGUCGACUCACUCGUCAGUAGCCUCGACGUGAUCAAGUCCCCCAAGUUUGCUCUGCAGAUCGACGGAUAUGUUCCGACUGUUCUGUUGGACCAGGUCGAUGGUGCAACCGUCUACCUUGGCCGCCAGAGUCUCACCACUGAGAUCUUCACCAGCAAAUCCACCGCUGUUAACAUCAUGCUCCCGCCAAAGGAGGGUACCGAUGAGGACACUAAGGAGUGCCCUAUUCCCGAGCAGAUCAAGAGCUACAUUAAGGAUGGUGUGCUGGUCAACGAGAUCGUUGAGCAUGCCGGCUAA